AUGAUUCCCUCUAAAAUUAUUAAGAGAUAAGAACCACUUACUUCAAAUACAAUCUAAGAUGCAUCAUAAAUUAAAAAAGUACAAAGUAAUCUAAUGUUGGUAUCUAAAGCUAGUAGUUUACCAAAAUAGUUUUAGAAAAAUGAGAAAUUAAAAACUUCAGGAAAUAAAAUUGAAUCUAUUAAGCAUUCAAAAAAUAACUCUAUGAAUCAUUUAUCAACAACAGAGAACACUAAAAUAAUUGAUUCCAUUCAAAAUAUUUCUUCCAUUUAUAUUACAAGUAAAACAGAAGAAAUCCAACUCAAAAAUGAGAUCUAACUCAAAGCAUAAAUCAUUGCGGAUUUAAAUAAAAAUAUCUCUUAAUUAUAAUUUCAAAAUGCCAACUAGUAAAUCAUGAUCUCUUAACUUGAAAAAGAUGUUUAAUAAUUAAAUUAAACCAUAGAAAAAAUGUGUGAAUAACUAUCAAACUCUAAUAGUGAUUAUAGAAAUGAAUUACAAGAACUAAAAAAUUAAAUUGCAAAAAAGGAAUAAUUAAUAAUGUUCUAUAAAUCUGAAAACCAACAAUUAUUAAGUAUUAUUAAAUAGGGAUCCUAUGCUAAAAAUAAGGUAGAUAAAGAAAAUCAGCCUAAUGUCCCUUAAGCAAAUCAAUAGGAUUAAAUAAAUUGUCUAAAAGAUUAAAUAGAUCUAUAAAGAAAAUAGUUUUAAUUGACAGAGAAUUCUUUAUAGAAGUAAAUAUCAGAACUAAAUCAAUUUGUAAAUGAAUUGUUUUAUUAAUAAUCCACCGAAAGAGUAAAAACGAAUGUAAGCAAUAGAAUUGAUAAGGAUAUUAGAAAUAGAAAACUCUCAUUACAAAAUGAAGUUAUGGAUUGCUUCUAACAUUUUGAUAAAGAAUAAAGAUUAGAUCAUUAAUUUGAUAAUAUUUAAUGCAAUCCUAAUUAAUUGAAUGAAUAGCAGUUAAACACAGUUUAGACUGAUGAUCUAAAUACUAAAAAUAUAAAAGAAAUUACAAAAUUAAAGCAAGUUGUUCAAAUAUAAAAGAAACAAAUUGAGUCCUAGCAAAAGACUAUUCUUAAUCAACACUUCGAAAUUUAAAAUUUAUAAUCCUUGCUUUACAAAAAUGACCAAGAUAGUGUCCCUAAAUAAAGUAAGAAAAAAUAAGUUCAAGAAGAAAUUAUAACAAAUGAAUUUACAAAUUCUCCAAAAGAUGAUAUGUAAAUAUUCGUUAAAUAUUUAGAUAUCAUCUAAAUGAUAGCUAAAGUGAGAUAAAACCAAAAUACUACUUGGAUAGUAUUUAAAAUACAUUCCAGAAAUUUUAAGUUAUAACAGAAGAAAGCACUUUCAGAAGUUGA